CUUCUUUUUCUAGCUCCAAUUUGGUGCGAUUGGCGAUCUCGACGUUUGCUCACUACAAAUGGAAUUCUAAAUGAAUUACGAUAUUGCUGUGAUAUUAUCCGGUUUCGAGCUGUGGUACUUGCUCCGAUUGUUGAGGAAAUAAUCUUCCGAGGCUGCAUUCUCUUCCAACUUCAACGUCAAUUCCAAACUUGUGGAGCUCUCUGUCUCUGCUCUGGUCUUAUUUUUGCAAUUGCACAUUUACAUCAUGUUGUUGAGAUGCUUUACUUAGGCUAUCCCCUCAAUAUGGCUCUCUCCGAAGUCUUGCCACAAGUAUUGAUGACUGCAAUAUUCGGUGUGUAUUCGACUCUGAUUGUUCUCCGAAGUGGUCAUUUGAUUGCCGCAUGCAUAAUGCCUAUUCAGCCUACGUACGAUUCCGCUUUUGCAGAACUGGGUGCUUUCUUGAAAGCUAAAAGUCCACUGACUGCAGAAAACGCCUUUGUUCCUCUUUCCAAUCGUAUUAAAUAUGUGGACUACUGUGCGCAUCUAAUUCGUUGUCUUCAAUCAAUGAUUAACGAUGCCAAUUUUGAUAAAAUUGACGUUGCCACUUUCUUUAGCCGAGUGAUUCGACUUCUCAAGUGUCUUAUGCCGCUAAAAAUGAAAUCUGAAUUCCUUGGCGAUAAACCACCCGUCAAAUCGGAGCAGGCAAAACGAGUAAAAAUAUCGGCUCUGCGUCAUGCACUUACACGAACUUGGGGGAAGCUACUGGAGAAGGGACUUCCAGACGACCUUAUGCUUGAGGCUCUAAUUACUCUUGGUGACGAUCAAAUGGAAAAGAUGACGGACACAGCACAAUUGCUCGGUCCCUACAUUACAGUCAUUUUCGAUCCACCAGCCAGUUCGAGUGCCGCUUCGCUUCCCUCUUGGUCUCGUGCCGUGACCCGUGCUCUUCUCAAGGUCAUUCACACAGGUGGUCUCAAUUAUGAUCGCCUUUAUCCCCGCCUCUAUGCACUCUUGGGCCAAGAUCUUUUGGUCUGUCCAUAUGCAGACCGCUUUCUACUUGAUCUAGAUAUAUAUCUUACCUCAAUACAUGUACCCGCAGGAUGGUUGUCAGCUUUCUCAAAACGUCUUUUCCAGCUAAGCCUGUUUGGAACAGCUCCAUUGUCAAUUAUGCCAGCUCUGAUCACAGUUGGUGGCAAUGUUCUGAUUCGCCAUCUUCCUUGUCGUGUUCUCAUUGAUCGAAGUGGUAGUCAGGACGAAAAUGCACCUACAAUGGCAGAAUGCGGUCCAGGUGGUGAUCCUUACGUCUAUCAUCCUGAAGAUCUGGCGAGUGAUGGUUCGGCUGCUCUUGCUAGUAGUCUUUGGGAGUUAGCCUGUCUCGAAUGCCAUUAUCAAUCAGAUAUCGCUACUCUUGCCUCUCGUGUUCGUCACAUUGCUUCAAAUAACGGUAUGAACCUUCUUCCCGAUGUCAAAAAUCAGCUCGAGUCCGGCAAACAGCUACAGGUUGGCGUGGAACGAGCUUCAAAUCAGUACAUGUCUGUGUUAGAGAUGACUAAUGCUCGAAUGCCGAAUCUUACGCCUCUGGAAGGGUGGUUGAUGCCAACUGAAAAUUCCAAAGCCUUGGCCUAG